AUGGGAAGCGACAAAGAGGACCAACCGUCACAAAACAGUCUGAACACACUUGCUAAAAUGGUAGCCAUAAAAGCAAUUAAAAAUGGGGAGGCACUUAGGCAAGAUAAGGUACCAGAGAUCCAAGCAGAAGAGUUGGAGAUGAAAUCACCGGGGAUGGCAGUCUGGAACAAGAUGAAAGAAGCGGUAUAUGUUGAAGGCAGGAACUACCAACAUGCAAGCGAUGCACAACAAAAUCAACGCUCUCCCGAGGACCAUGUUCUCCAAUUAGCGCGUCUUCUAUACAAUUCCGAAUGGACAGCACUCUUACUUUCACUGGAUUGUGUUGGAAUUGUAAGACGCCCGGAUGUUCAUCAAAUCGACUUCAUAUACAGACUUCCAGGUCAGCUUGGUAAAUCAAAGCCGCUUUCGCCCUACGAAGACACUACAUUCAGGGGUCCCAAACCCCUUUCAGAGCUCCUAAGUACCCCGACCUUUCAAUUGACCUUGGCACAGAAAUUCGAGGUAGGCAAGAGACUCGUCGAAAGUAUUAGUCUCAUGCAUGCAAACGGAUGGCUUCACAAGAACUUGCGAGCGAGCUCCGUCAUCUUCUUUCCACAGGAAUCAAGCGACGCGGGCCUCUCGGACCGCCCACUUAUCCUCAAGCGUCCACACAUCUCCCGUUUCGAAUUUUCGAGGCCCGAGCCAAUCCAAUCUGAGGUCCCUGCGAGGGGCGCUCCGGGAUCGACAUCCCGUCUCGAAGAGCUUUUGAGGACUGCGCCUCGUCCCUCAAUGAUUUCUCUCCCGAUAAACUGGAAUGAAGGUCAAGCUGAGGCACGAACUGGAGAUCUGAUGAGCGCCAAUCAUGCUUUCACAUCCGCUCGUGCUGAAAUUCAACUUGAUUACUAUCAUCAUCCAGCGAAAUUCGCUUCGUUGAAUCGACACUACUGUUACGCGUACGACGGCUACUCUUUGGGUAUCUUGCUUAUUGAGAUUGGAUGUUCCAACACAAUGCUGAACCUUGAAAAAAUCCUGAAUCAGACUCUCGCCUAUACGCCUAUCAAUGCUCCGUACGAUGUUCGGCGUAACAUAUACAAUCAAGUCAUUCCGUAUUUAAUGUUUCUGUGUGGAGACCUAUACGCAGAGGCAGUCGGCCUCUGCUUGAUGCUAGAGCCACUUGAGGAUGACCAGACUUGCCGUCAGCAGCAAGAGCUUUGCGUCAAAGUCGCUGCAAUACUUGAGCGUUGUUGCGCCUGA